AUGGUGGUGGGUGUGGGUGCGGUGCGCGGGCUCUUCGUGGCGGGCUUCGUCGGCUGGUACAGCACGGGCAUCUUCAAAGCCAUGGACAACCACUACGGCAGCCAGUUCGGGGUCUACCUCAAGGAGCAGCUGAGCGCGAACAAGCACAUGAGACGCGACGUGGAGGCUGAGAGGGACGCCAUGGGCCGCCUCCUUGAGGCCAAGGGCAUGUCACUGCCGUCCAGAGAGCACGACGAUGGCCUGGACAUCCCGAGGCAUCCGCCGAUGCAGGGCCGCGAUGUCGCUACCAGGGCCCCUCCAUCACGGACAGGCGCUGAUGACGACUUGCCGGACGUCCAGCAGACGCCCGGUGCCGCCUGCACGGCAGCGACUGUGGUCUCCGAGGCCGUAUCCCCCUCCGGAUCCCACUCCGGAUCCCCCUCCGGGUCGUCGGGGGAUUACUGUUCUGCCUCGCCACCUGAGACAUCCUACUGCAAAGCCGGCGGCGGAUAAGUUCCCCACGCUGUCGUUUUAUUUAUUCGACAUGAAUAAAACCUCGAUCUCUGGC